AUGGCAGAGCAAGCGUGCGACCAAGGGCCGUCCUUCUGCUGGCGGGCGGGCGGGAGAGGGCGGGUGCGCCUGGACCGCUGGCAGCUGCGGCAGGCGGCCAGCGGCGAGGGCCACUUUCUGCUGCUCCUGACCGACGGCUCGGUGCUGGCCAGCGGCGACAACAGCCGCGGCCAGCUGGGCCGCCAGGGCGGGGCGCGCGAGGAGCAGCCAGUGCCCAUCUCGGCAGUGAAGACGCUGAAGUUUGAUCUCGUGAGCUGUGGCAGGGACCACUGCCUGGCCGUGGCCCGCAGCGGGAGAGUCUUCGCGUGGGGCGCCUGCUCGGAAGGGCAGCUGGGCAUCGGAGAAGUCACCGCCAGCGUCCAUAUUCCCAGGACAAUAAAAAGUCUGAAAGGCAUAAGAAUAAUACAGGUUUCCUGCGGAGACCAUCACUCUCUGGCCUUAACAGAAGGCGGUCAGCUGUUUUCCUGGGGCAGCAACAGCCAUGGACAGCUGGGCCUGGGGGAGGAGGGCCCCUCCCAGGCGGAGCCCCGGCCAGUGAGGUCUCUGCAGGGCAUCCCCCUGGCACAGGUGGCCGCGGGCGGCGCCCACAGCUUUGCCCUGUCCCUCUCCGGGACUUCCUUCGGCUGGGGAAGCAACGGUGCCGGGCAGCUGGCCCUCAGCGGCCGGGAGGUUCCAGAGCAGAAACGCAAGCCCGUGGCCGUGGGUGCGCUGCAGGAGCUGGGGGUGGUCUUUAUCAGCUGCGGGGGCCAGCACACCGCGGUGCUCACACAGGACGGGAAGGUGUUCACCUUUGGCGACAACACAUACGGCCAGCUGGGACACGGCUCGGACAGGAGCGGCCCGCGGCCUGUGGAGGGCCUCGGAGGCCCCGUCUCGCAGGUGGACUGUGGAAGUAAGCACACCCUUGUAUAUGUCUACACCACCGGUGAGGUGGUGUCUUUUGGUUGUGGACCAAGUCACACAAGCAACCCAGCUCCUGCAGAAGCGCUGGCCGAGAACGCGAACACUAGCUGCCUGAUCUCUGCUGCUGGUACGGAAUCUGUGAAUGUCAAGCACAUUUUUGCUGGAACAUAUGCCAACUUUGUGACGACUUAUCAGGAUGGAAAACGUGCAAGUAUUCCCAACAAGACCCUGAAGACCCUACAGGGAAUAAGCAGAAUUAACGAAUCACUGACAAAAAAAUGGAUUUCAGCAACAAGUUCAAAGAAGAAAGAGGUUGAGAGUGAAAUUGAAGCAAUCUUUUCGUCUCCUGCUUGUCUGACCGCAAGUUUUUUAAAUGAAAGGAAACCAGGAGAAUCCGUUCCCAUCGGUGUAGACCUGCAAAGGGCAAGAGACACCUUCAAGAGGUUGGCAGAAAACAAGAAGAUCUCUGCCUGGAUAACUAGCAGUCUCGAGAAACUGGUCCAAGAUCUGCGUCCUUCUCGACACCGGGAAGCGUUGCUGGUUUUCCUCCUGCUCCCAGAAUGCCCUGUGAUGCGUGAAUCGAGAAACUGGAAAACUCUCGUCGUUCCGUUCGCAAAAGCUGUUCAUAACAUGCAUUCCAAGUCUUCGUCCAUUCUGCUGCAGUGGUGGAAAUCUUUACCAGCGUCUACUCUCAGCACACUGGUCCUGAUGCUCAAGAGCGCCCUCGUCUUGAGUAUUUGGACAGGGCACCCUCAAAACCUCUGCAACUCCAAAGCUCUGCUGGAAACGAUGAAAAAAGUGUACAAGGUAAACAAGGAAGCUACUUGCCAGCUGCCAGAAAGCACUUUCUACAUAAAUCAGCUCUAUGACCGUCUGGACUUUCUUGGAGAUAGACGACAUGUGUUCGUAAGAGGACAACACAAACUUGAAGGUGUCGAUAGUCUUAUUUUCAGUGAUUAUCUAUUCAUCUUUGAUUUGGAUUCCAAAAUUAAAUUAUGGCAAGCCGACUGCCGUAUUAAAAUGGAGGUGGCAGUGUACACAGAAUUCCAGUAUUCUCGGGAAAAUUUGGUACAAAAUUCCAAUUUUGUACUCAAUGUCAAAAAAAGUAACCUAGUUGAAGACACUCUGCGUCAGUUAGAACUUGCUGCAGUGACUGAUCUCCAGAAGCAAUUAGUGGCUGGAUUUGUUGGAGAAACUCGUCCGAAGCGCGGAGGGGUGGUGUCUGAGUUCUUCAAGGCUGUGUUUGAGAAGAUGACAGGGAGCGACUACGGCAUGUUCAUGUACCCCGAGGAGGGGUCCUGCAUGUGGUUUCCUGCCAAUCCUGUAAUGAAGAAGGAGAGGUAUUACAAGUUUGGAAUGCUCUGUGGACUUUCUCUUUACAAUGCAAAUGUUGCCUAUAUUCCAUUCCCACUGGCUUUGUUUAAGAAGCUUUUGGGCCAAAAGCCAUCACUGGAAGAUUUACAAGAACUCAGUCCUGUAUUGGGAAGGAAUUUGCAAGAAGUUCUAAAUGAUGAAGCUGACAGCAUUGAAGAUCUCAACUUAUACUUUAACGUAUACUGGGACCAAAAGGAUGUUGAUUUAAUUGAAGAUGGGCUAUCGACACCUGUGGACCAGAGCAGGAAAGGCGAAUAUGUUUCUGAGUGUGUCAAUUACAUUUUCAACACUUCUGUGGAGGAAGUUUAUGAGGAGUUUCAGAAAGGAUUUUACAGAGUCUGUGAUGAGAGCUUAAUUAGACGACUGUUCAAGCCAGAAGAACUAAGGCAAGCAAUAAUCGGAAAUGCUGAUUAUGACUGGAAACUAUUUGAAAAGAAUUCAGUAUUUGAAGGAUACAGCUCAUCACAUCCUGUUAUAAAAAUGUUCUGGGAGGUGUUCCACGAAUUGUCUUUGGAGGACAAGAAGAAAUUUCUUGUUUUUCUUACAGGAAAUGAUAGGUUACGAGAAAGAGGCAUGAGGAAUACUAGAAUCCAUUUCCGCUUUCCUCAGCUUUCCUGUGAGAGCGACAACAUGAGAUCGCUGAUCUGUUACCAUAUUCUGGAUCUGCCAAAAUACUCUACGAAGGAGAGAAUGAAGGAAGCGCUUCGAGUCGCCAUCAACAACAACACAGGCUUUGAUCCUGCCGUGAUAUGA